UGCACCACGGACAUGGCGAUUGUCAGUGGUGAAUUUCACGCAUUUUUUCAUUGAUUUUUAGGAGAAUUUUCAUCAUUCUUCAGGGUUUACCCAUCGGAAGAUAAUUUGCAUGUGUGGUCAGUAAGGAGGGUACUGCAUGCCUAUCCAUACUUCUCCCAGGCCGUCCCAGUAGCCAUCACUGGAGCCAACCCUGGAACAGCCAACCGGUAGUAUACCUCUGCGACAGUCUGCACUACCUCAGUGUUUCACUCGUUUGAGUUUGAGUGCCGGUCUGAAACCAUCAACUCAAGAAUCUGGCAACCACAUCAGGGAGACAACUCUAUCUACCCCGUCCUUAUUCCUUCCCUGCAACGUAGACAUGCCCCCACGUCGUAAACGGAAACUAGCGCAAGCUGAAGAAGAGACAAAGAUGAAGAAGUCAAAGUCAAGCAAUUCUUCCCACCAUCGUCACCACCAUCACCACCACCACCACAACAACCACAACCAGACCUCCAUCAACCAAGAGAGCUCCUUUUCCUCCAAACGCUGUCAAACAUGGUUCCUAGAGUACACAGAGCAGUCCGAGGACCUAAUGGGUCCCGAGGGUAUGGAGAAGUUCUGUGAAGACAUUGGGGUGGAGCCUGAGAACAUCGUCAUGUUGGUGCUGGCCUGGAAACUGGAGGCUGAUCAAAUGGGCUUCUUCUCAUUGCAGGAAUGGAUGAUGGGAAUGAUGAAACUACAAGUGGACAACCCCAGGAAGCUUCAAGGCAAAAUGGAUUACCUACGCACACUGCUUAAUGAUGCACCAACCUUCAAGAAAAUAUACAGAUAUGCAUUUGACUUUGCAAGGGACAAAGAUCAGCGGAGUCUGGAUCUAGAAACCUCCAAAGAAAUGUUAGCCCUCCUCCUUGGUAGACAGUGGGUACUAUUCAACUCAUUUCAACAAUUUCUGGACCACUCCAAAUAUAAAGUGAUCAAUAAGGACCAGUGGUGCAAUAUAUUGGAGUUUAGUCGAGCUAUCAAACCUGACCUAAGUAACUAUGAUGUGGAUGGUGCAUGGCCUGUUAUGCUGGAUGAGUUUGUAGAAUGGAUGAGAGUAAGACAACAAUAGUAGGUGGAAGCCCCCCUCCCCCUUUCCAACACAAACCAUCCAGUCGGAUCUUUUCAUUUUGUGAGCUUUUUACAUAUUUAAUAUGCCUUAUGAAUAUGUAUGAAUUGUCUUAAAUGGAUCAUCCCAGCUGUGUCUUAAUAGCAACUGACCACCAAAGUAUCCACUCACAGACUUACCUGAUGACUUCAACGAUGAAUAUUCAUUAGGGUUUAUGAAUAAUUAAGGGUAUAGUUGUCAUGAAGGACUAAUUCAAGAGCACUUGGCAAACCACACAUCAUGAUCUUAUUGACCUAAAUGCUGAAUAUUCAUCAGGCCUCAGGAAAUUGUAUGUGUUAUUUGUGGAUACCUUCGCUGUCUCUUGUAGUACCAGACCACCUGAAUCAACCAAAUCACAGGCUACAUGUACCUUGCGGAUUAAAAUGUUAAAUAUUCAUCACAUGAAUAUGCAGCAGUACAAGCAGUGGAUCGCAGUAUGUUGAGCCUGAAAUGUCAGUCAGCCAUUUUUGAUAAUUUGUCUUUUGUUUAUAAAUGACAAAAACUUUUAACCAAAGCAUCUUAAAUAUUUUAAAUUGCAAGUGGUUUGGGUUAUGUAUGUAAUUAAUUUCUGGCAUUGUAAAUGUUACCACUGUUAAAGCAUAAACGUUCAUUGGAGGCUAACUAAUUCAAACUCAUUUUGUGUAUGGACUUUUUUUUAUGACAUAAACAGUAAGCAUUAACAUAGUAUAUAAAACAAGAUGUACCCUCGACAUUUUGUCAAUGGUUGUGGAAAAUAACAUUCACAAAGUGACAAAUUAGUGUAGUCCUUUUUAGCCAUGCCUCGCUCCCAUUUACACCACAGCAUACACAGACAUAUUUUUUGGACUCUCUUUCUCUCUCUCUCACUUAUUUAUAUUGAUCAAUGCUGGCUAAGAUUAUUUCACCACAAAGUUAGCAUUUAACCACAUGGUGUGGUUGUGUGAUGCAGGAAAACUGUUAUUCUUCUCGAAGUUUACUUGACACAAAGUUGUUACUGCACAGGGGCCAACUUCACAAAGAGCUAAGAUUGAUGUUAAUUGUAUUCAUCUCAACUGCUCAGCAAAGCCAAGUUGAAACCCAAGUUGUUCUAGCUUUAGCAGACAUUUGGUGUGGUAUCAGUUUAAUGCAGCAGAAUUAAGUAACAUGUGAGAGUUAAGAAUUUACUUCAUUGAACCAUGCUUCGAUCAAAAUGUGAAAGAGUAUGUUUGAAUUAGUUUGUAUUCAUGUUUAAACGGCUGACUGGUUGUCACUACUAACUUCAAUUCUAGUUUAUAAUGACAGAAAGCUUGUCAGUAUAUAGGGUAGAUACUAAUAAUGGUGUAAGAUAGCCAUUCAUAACUGCACUACACCAUUACUCAAUGAAGAACCACUUUAAAUAAGUAACUUGCAUCUCAAUAAGAUUUGAGUUAAUUUCUGCAAUGUAUUUGUGAUACCUAAGACAUAUUGGGAUCACUACACAAGUUGCCUGUGGGUUUUUUUUAUAUUUAGGUCUUGGAGCAUGGAGUAUGUAGUGCUUUUUUGGAAUCAAACUAU